AUGACUGCUUCCGCUGAUAGUCCCGUCUACCGGGCCACCACGACGGCCCCCGUCAACAUCGCUGUCAUCAAAUACUGGGGCAAGCGUGAUGCCGUUCUCAACUUGCCUACCAACUCCUCUCUCUCCGUCACCCUCUCCCAACGCUCUUUGCGCACCCUUACCACCGCCUCCUGCUCGGCCAUCUACCCCGCCCAAGACGAGCUGAUCCUCAACGGCAAGCCCCAGGAUAUCCAGUCAUCCAAGCGUACCCUUGCCUGUCUCUCCAGCCUGCGCGCUCACCGCAAGGAGGUCGAAGCCGCCGACUCCUCUCUUCCGAAGCUCUCUGCCCUCCCUCUCCGCAUCGUCUCCGAGAACAACUUCCCCACCGCUGCCGGACUCGCCAGCUCGGCUGCUGGGUUCGCCGCCCUUGUCCGCGCCGUGGCCGACCUCUACCAGCUCCCACAAUCUCCACGGGACCUCAGUCGCAUUGCCCGCCAGGGCUCCGGCUCCGCCUGUCGAUCGCUGAUGGGCGGCUACGUCGCCUGGCGCGCCGGCACCCUUGAGGAUGGCAGCGACAGUCUGGCGGAGGAAGUCGCGCCCGCCUCUCACUGGCCCGAGAUGCGCGCCAUCGUGCUUGUCGUCAGCGCCGAGAAGAAGGAUGUCCCCAGCACGGAGGGGAUGCAGACGACCGUCGCGACGUCGAACCUGUUCGCUACGCGGGCGAACACCGUCGUCCCCGAGCGCAUGGCGGCGAUUGAGACCGCCAUCCAGAGCCGGGACUUCCCCGCCUUUGCCGAGAUCACCAUGCGGGACUCCAACGGGUUCCACGCCACCUGCCUGGACUCCUGGCCUCCGAUCUUCUACAUGAACGACGUCUCGCGGGCCGCUGUGCGUCUCGUCCACGACAUCAACCGGGCCGUCGGCCGCACGGUCUGUGCCUACACCUUCGAUGCGGGCCCGAACGCUGUUAUCUACUACCUCGAGAAGGAGACCGAGCUCGUGGCUGGUACGAUCAAGGCCAUUCUCGGUACCAAGGCCGAUGGCUGGGAAGGCCCCUUCUACGAGCCCAUGAAAGAUCUCAGCGCCCCCGGUGUUGCCCUGGACAAGGUGGACUCCAGGGCCGUGGAAGUGCUCAAGGAUGGCGUCAGCCGCGUCAUCCUUACCGGCGUCGGCGAGGGGCCCGUCAGCGUGACCGAUCACCUGGUUAGCGAGAAGGGCGAUGUCCUCUCUCACUAG